UACUCGCCAAGCUAAAAUCGAAGGUAUCGCUUUUCUAAGCGAGCAGAGAUGAAGGGGAAGGGCAAGAUCCAUCCGUCGCCGGCGCCGUCGACGUCGACGGAUGCGGGGGAAGAUCAGGGAGUCGAGUCCCUAGCCGUGUUCGCCCUCCUCCCCUUGGCGAUCCUCGCCCUCACGGCAGCGCUGAGCGACGAGGACAAGGAGGUGCUCGCCUACCUCCUCACUCAGUCGAUCGAGGGUUCGCCGGAUGGGAAAUGGAAUAACCGGGAGCCGGGGAAAGGCCAGCACCGCCCAACUUACGGCUGCGGAUGCUUCGACUGCUACACCACCUACUGGUCGCGCUGGGAUCGGUCCCCCCAGCACAAGUUGAUCCACCAAGUCAUCGAGGCCUUCGAGGAGCACCUGGCGAGCUCGGAGAAGAAAGGAGACACCAGCUCGAAGAAGAAGAGUGGCGCCAAAUCGAGGGUUCGGCGGAAGAAGCAUAAGUCGGCAGAGAAGGGUCGGGAGAAGGCGGAAAAGGAGUCGAGUAAAGAUGCCGAAUCGGAGAUGAAGGAAGAAGCGGAGAACUUCGUGAAAGAGGAGGUUCCGGCGGGAGCUGCUGACUCCGAGGCAGAGGCGACCACCACCACCGGCGGACGGCGGCGGAGCUGGGCGGACGCGAUUGGGAUCUAUAACUGGCGUCUAUGGGGAUUUUGGGGGUCAGGAAACCAAAAACUAGCCGGAGAAAAAGAGGAAUAAUUAGGGGAAUCACUAAAUUCUGCAAAAUCACUGGUAUUUCUCUUAUCUUCGCCUUGUAAAUUCCGCUCACUAAUCCUUGUCGUAGGUGAUUGAUUUCUGCUUAGGCGUUUCAACUUUCCAAUCAUGUACUUUAUGGUUGUCUAUUACUCGUAUCCCCAGUAGAUAAUCACCUACACGUUCCUAA